UAUUUAUUUUCUUUAACCUAACCUCAAAAAAUAUUAGAUAUUAAGAAAAUUUAAAUUGUUUAUUUGAAACUUUUACGUGCUUAUUUUAUAUAAUGGCAUCAGGACUUGAUUCGUUCGUAAACCAUACUGUAUCAAUAAUUACAUCUGACGGCAGGAACUUUAUUGGUACAUUGAAAGGUUUUGACCAAACUAUAAAUAUAAUCCUUGAUGAGUCUCACGAAAGAGUAUAUUCCACAACAACCGGUGUCGAACAAGUUAUGUUAGGGUUACACAUAAUAAGAGGUGAUAAUGUAGCCCUCAUUGGACUAAUCGACGAAGAAAUUGAUAACAGACUAAAUCUAUCCAAUAUCAAAGCAGAACCUUUAAACCCCGUUGUACAUUAACAAGCAAUAAAAAUAGUUUUAAGUGUA